UCGCGUUCUUGGAUGCGCGUCUUUUUUGGAGCAGAUUAAUGCGUAAACAGUGAUCAGAGUUGACUUUUUCUUUUCCCACUUUGACUCUUUGGUGUUUACAAAAUGUCCGAGUGUCUGGAUUUUUCAGAUGUCCAGCAGGUGGUGGUGAAAGAAGAAGAGUUUCUCCUUGAACAGCAAGAGGGGAGCUCCAGUUUUAACCAGGAUGAGCCACCAGAACCAGCACACAUUAAAGAGGAACAAGAGGAGCUGUGGAUCAGUAAGGAGAGAGAUCAGCUUCAAGGACCAGAGGAGGCUGAUAUCAAAGUGUUCACAUUCACUCCUUUCCCCGUUAAGAGUGAAGAGGAUGAUGGAGAGAAAGCUCGGUCCUUACUGCUUGAUGAAAACCAAAGUGAAGAGAACAGAGACCCACAGCAUUUGAAAAUAGAGUCUGAUGGAGAGGACUGUGGAGGAUCAGGAGUAGAUAGUCAUUUACAGCCAGUCACUCCUGAUGAGUCUUCAGAUCUUCCUGGAUCUGAGACUGAUGACAGUGCUGAUUGGGAGGAGAGUGAUGAACCUCAGGAAGAUUUAGAGCCUCUGCAAAACAAAGACAAAGAUGAAAGUGAUGAGAAAUCCCUUUCUGGAAACACAUCAGAUAGCUCCUCUGAUUGUGCUUCAAGCAUCGGAAAGAAGAAACAAGUGAAGAAACACAAAGGAACCAAUACAAGACUCAAACAAUUUAAUUGCACAAGUUGUAAGAAAAGUUUUCUUGUGAGACAAGCAUUGAUGACGCACAUGCGAGUACACACAGGCGAAAAACCGUUUAGCUGCUCAGUUUGUGGAAAAGGAUUUUCGCAACAAGGAAAUCUGAAGCAACAUUUGGCUGUUCACACAGGGGAGAAACCAUUUAGUUGCUCAGUUUGUGGUAAAAAAUUUUCCCUUCAAGGAAACCUGAAGACACAUUUAACCAUCCACACAGGGGUGAAACUAUUUAGUUGCUCAGUUUGUGGUAAAAGAUUUUCCCACCAAGGACAUCUAAAGCAACACUUGACUAUUCACACUGGGGAGAAACCGUUAAGUUGCUCAGUUUGUGGUAAAAGAUUUUCCCAACAAGGCAAUCUGAAGACACACAUGGCUGUCCACACAGGGGAGAAACUGUUUAGUUGCUCAGUUUGUGGUAAAAAAUUUUCUCAACAAAAAAGUAUGAAGACACAUUUAAUCAUACACACAGGAGGUAAACCAUUUAGCUGUUCAGUUUGUGCUAAAAGUUUUUCUCACGAAAGAAAUCUGAAGACACAUUUAGUGGCACACACGGGGGAGAAACCAUUUAGCUGUUCAUUCUGUCAUAAAAGAUUUCCUCACCACAGAUAUCUGAAGACACACUUGAGAGUCCACACAGGAGAGAAACCAUAUAGCUGUUCAGUUUGUGCUAAAAGUUUUUCUCACCAAAGAAAUUUGACGGCACACAUGGCUGUCCACACUGGGGAGAAAAAAUUUAGCUGUUCAGUUUGUGGUAAAAGAUUUUCUCUCCAAAGAAAUUUGAAAACGCACAUGACUGUUCAUGCAGAAGAGAAACAAUUUAGCUGUUCAAUUUGCCAUAAAAGAUACUCUCAAGAAAGGUAUCUCAAGACACACUUUACCAUCCACACAGAGGGGAAACCAUUUAGUUGCUCGGUUUGUGGUAAGGGAUUCACAAGAGGUGCAGAUUUAAAAAGACACUCCGUUGUCCACACCGGGGUAUAAACCAGUUAUUGGGUGGUUUUCGCAUUGAUAUUCCAGUACAACCCAUCUAAAAUGAACACAUGCUCCACAGUUUGUUAGAACAAUCUUUUAACUGCUGAGUUUGUAAGACCUGAGGCUGUGGUGCACAUGAGAGUACACACAGGAGGUUGGUUAGUCUGGGGUGAAAGAUUUACAAAAAGUGGGGGCACAGGAAAAGACUCCAUGAUCCAAGCAACAGUACAACACUAUUGAACUUGUAAAACUACAGUUACUUUUAUCAAAAUUUGCUUAAGUCGAUGUCAGAGUACUGAUCAAUUAUUCUACUCAAAUAAGAAUGAAAAUAAUUCAUUCAACGUUUACUCAAAGCAUUGAGUACAGAGUAAAAACUCUUGAUACCCUAAGGGCUUGUACAGUGAAAUGUGAUCUUAACAAAAUGGGCAAUAACAGCACGACUAUAUGAAUCUCCAACCGGGUUGUUUAUUAUAUGAUGUGACAUAACUUUAAGUGAAACACAACUUCUGUUUCAGGAUGAAAUGUGUAAUCUUUCUUUCUCUAUGUGCUACUGACUGUCAAAAGCUGAACAGUUGGUCAAUUUGUGCUGUUGUCAGAAAGCUGUUGGAGAAAGCUUGGACCUCUGUAUU